AUGUAUACAUUCUUAGAUGAUAAAAUAGCAUGGCCAGAAGCACCUGAAAAAUGCCUUGGAACACGGCUUUCGAAACAAGAACGAAAUAGAAUUCUCAAUUUCCACAAUCAAAAGCGUUCAGAAUUGGCACGAGGUUUAAUACCAAAUAAAAGUGGAAGAAAAAUGCCAAAAUCUAAAAAUAUGAGGUCUUUGAAAUGGGAUUGUGAUUUGGAACUCCUAGCGCAGGAAUGGUCCGAAGAUUGCUUUUAUAAAAAUUCGCCUAAAAGCCUCCGUGAAAAUGCAGGUGAAAACAUUCUCAUGAUUGCGAAUUCAAACGCAAUGAAUCAAAGUAAAUUUGAAUUUUAUCAGUUAUUUUAA